GAGGACGGGGGGCGGGCGGCGGAGGGGCCCUAAGCAGCAGGACCUCCCUCUGCUGUUUGCGGGCCGGGCCGGGCCGGGCCGGGCCGGGCCCUAUGGCGGCGGCCGGGGGCUGCGUACGAGCGGUGGGGCUGCAGUUCUGGGCUCACUCGCUACAGACGCUGUCCGCCCUGCUGGCCCCCGCCGUCCUGCUGGGGCUAUUGCUGGGCGCCACCGCUGCCGCCCUGCUCUGCCGCUACGCGCUCGGGCAGCGCCGGCGGAGAGAGAGGGAUGAUUCCCAGAGACUUCUGGAAAGCUUCAGCUCUAAUGAAAGAGAGCACACACUCACGAAAAGUAAAGCAGAACCCUGUAUAUCAGAGGAGGAAAUGGUGCUGGAGGAAAGUGAGUCUCCUCUGAGCAGUAAUGUCACGGCAUUUGCAUUAAAGGCAAAAGUGAUCUAUCCCAUCAAUCAGAAAUUUAGGCCUUUGGCAGAUGGCUCAUCCAAUCCAUCUUUGCAUGAGAAUCCAAAGCAAGCGGUUCUACCUAAUCAGGUUGUGGAGACAUCUACAUCAGGCAGCCUGGGAUCCCUGAGCCAGGGAGACAAAGAGGACUGCAGUUCCUCCACAACAAUACAUUCCACAACAAGCGAUGACAGAUUUCAGGCUCGAGCCUUCCUCAAGGUGACCAGCUUCCCUGAAGUGCUAACAUGUGAGAGUUUUGAUGUUAAGCUCUGCCUUUGCAGUCUUACUUUAAAAGACCUCAUGCUUCUUGAUACUGAACUAAGAAAAGAAAAGCAUGUGAUGGUUAUUCAGAUUCUCAAAAUACACGUUACAGACUUUUAUCAUAAAAAGAAGAUUACUGAUGAUUUUUUCCAGAAGAUCCUUUUAAUUCAAGAAAAAGAUUUUGAAGAAUUACAGCGACAACUUGAGUCUCGACUCCAGCAUACUGAGAUGUCAGGAGCCCAUAAUUCAGAGUACCAGACUUUAGCAGAUUUAGAAAGGAAAGAAAGGGAAUAUUCUGAGCACGUAAUAGAUAAUAUGGAAACUUUCUGGAAGCAGACUGACAAAGCCCAGCAGGCUUUUUUGGACGAAUCAAAAUGCUCAAGUGCCAAAGCAACAAAGAUAAUGAUGGAUCUGACCGAGAAGAUGAUUGCAGUAGAAAGCUUAUUAUGUGAAUCUCAAGAUUUGCAGGCAAUGGACAUUCAGGAAAGGUUAUUCAACAGGGAGCUUAUGGUGAAAAUGAUUGAUUCACUGAAGUCCUAUAUACCAGAAGAGUGCAAAUGUAGAUUAAAUAUUGUAUCAAAUAUUCUGGACCAUUUAACUGUAAAGAAUAAUCUCUCAGUCCGACAAAAGGAAGAACUUUUAACAGAUCUGCACAAGGCCUUUUGGGAACAGUUGGCACAUUUCAGUAAUGAAUGUAUCCAGCAAAGCAAAGACCUGAUCUUGAAACGACUUGAGAGCUGUGCAAAGAAGAAAGAAGAGUUCGAACACAGACAGAAAGCUGAACAAGGCAGUCUCCUCAGUAAAACUUUUCAUAAUGAAGAUGUUCAUGAUUUUCUUAAGGCUUACCAUGAAUUGCUAGAGAAGCAUCGGCAAGCACAGUGGGAACUGGAGGAGGAGGAUGACUGCGGGAGCACAGAGGCUAUUGCAGAUCUCUACAAGGAGCUGUACUCUAAAGCUUCCCAUGCUUUAGUGGAGUUGGUGACGGAGCUGUUUCUUCAGACACUGCCUCUUGUGACUGGCCUCUCUGUAAGAGAGUGUGAGCUUCUGAAAGAGGAAUGGCAGGAGAAUUUGGUCCCUCAGCUGGAAAAAUGGGAGACCUACUGCCAGAGACGCUGGAAACUUUUCCAGGAACAGCUACUGCAAGAAAAACAACUCUGGAUGAAGGAAUAUGCUCUGUCUGCUGUGAUGCAAAAGCAUCUGUCUGAGAAAGAAGAGAAGAUUAUUCAAGGUGUCACAAGCAGACUAGGAUGCCUCAGUGAUGAGUCUGUUAACUAUAUACUGCAAAAACACCAACUUCUGCUGCGUUCAGUACUCAGAAGGCUAACCCUCCGAAGAGUUGGAAUGGCAUCCCUGGCCCGUAUGAGACUGUCCAGAAAGAAGAGCUUGCUUCAGGAACUAAGACAGCAACAUAUCCUUCAGAAGGGAUCCUCCCCCUGCCAAGAUGAGGACCAGUGGCAGUUACAGAAGGCACUGGAGUCCCACAUUCUGGAAGAGGAGGAGAAGCUUGAGGAAGAAACACAGGAAACCCAUUUAGAAUUUCAACAGCAGCUGGUCACAGAAAUCCAAGAAGCUCUUCAAUUUCUUCAGCAGCACAUGGAGCAGGUGAUUGGGCAGACACUGCUGCAGCAUGCCCGACGGGAAGCUAGAAAAAAGAGUUCCAAUGAUGGACAGGACUUCAAGGAGAGACUGGUGGAAGCUGCUGUAGAAAGUGUGUAUGGGACCAGCAAUAAUAUCGAUAGACUGGUGCAAAACUACUAUCAGGAAUUAGGAAAAAUCACAGAAGGCUAUGAAGAGAAAAAGCUUCAGCUAUUGAAAUCCUUACAAGUAGAAAGAAGUGAAAGGAACAGACUUAAGAAGAAACAAGAAAGUGAACUGGCAUUGAAAGAAAAGCAGACCAAAGGCCUCUUGAGUGUAUCAUCCGCAGUCCAUCAAAGGAUGGUGCUACAGCAAAAGAAGGUUUUGGCUCAAUUCGAACUGCAGCAGCAAAUUCGUCUGGAGUCUCUGAGACAGAAGCUGCUGGGAUUGCAUCACCUAGAAACUGAGUUGGAGAAUCAGCUAAAGGAAGCAGAGCAGGACUUUGUGAGGGAGUUGGCUGUGCUGGCCCGAGUUCCAGUGGCUGUGAAGAAGAAGCCUUACAAAAGGAGCAAGGCAGUAGGGGAAAAAACAAAAAGAAAGACCUUUCAGUCACCACAAUCAGCAGAAAAAGAUGAUUCUCAUGAAAAUAUCCAAGAGCCCCCUGGACUGACUUCUGGCUUAUUCAGAGAGAGGUUACAGAGUCCACAUGAAAGUGAGCCUGAACCAAGGAAAAACUCCAAGAUGCUAAAAAAGAGAGACAACAGGUAGAAAAAGCAUUUAUAUGAGCUGCCUGAACAUAGAGUACAGAAGCGUUCUUCUGGGGAAUCUCAGCAGCUAUAAAUAUUUACUGAGAUGCUUUACUGAGAAACAAUGAAGAACAUCAAUAAUAACCGAGAAAUCUCCUUUAGCUACAGACCAAGAAUCAAUACCAACUUCCUUUAGAUGUUAAUAAAACAUUCCCACUUGGUUUUGUUACGGGGAAACAAGGAAGUCUUUAAUAUGAGCUCUUCCAGAUAGCUUGGGGAAUGUGGAGGAGAGUUAGUUUUAGAUUAGGAAUAUAACCAAAGAAAGUACGCUUGUAUGAGACCAUAUCCACACUAGGCUGGUUGCCCAGUUGGUGUAUCUCAGUAAGGUUUCAUUACAGUUGUGAAGUACCACUUGCUUUUGAGCCCUAAAUGUGGUAGAUUUGGUCUUAAUACUUUGCGAUUGCUGCUUUGGACUUACAAAAGUAGAUAGAAAUGCAGAGAAUAUGUAAACAGACUUCAGAUGGCAUCAGUAUGUCCGAAGAUUACAUUUGUUCCCUCUUUUGUCAUGUUUCAGUGCUUCCAAGGCUAUGUAUACUUCUUAAAAUUUGUACGGAGAUUUUUAUGAAUGUAUUUUUCUGCAUUUGUA